GUGAUGGUGGCCCCGCCCCCAUGUGGUAUCCUCGGGUCACGUGGUUGAGUGCCGCUUGCUCAGCCGGUGCUGUGAGGGAGACUGGAGCGUCCUCCAUCUGUAACGCCGCUUUCUCAGUCGCAGAACAGAAAAUCAGCAACAAGCCCUCGAGAUGUCUGCUGGAAACGCCAAGAUCGGUCAUCCUGCUCCUCAGUUCAAGGUCACAGCAGUGGUGGACGGCCAGUUUAAAGAUGUCCAGCUCUCCGACUACAGAGGAAAGUAUGUGAUUUUGUUCUUCUAUCCUCUGGACUUCACCUUCGUGUGCCCCACUGAGAUCAUCGCCUUCAGCGAUCGCGUCGAGGAGUUCCGUAAGAUCGGCUGUGAGGUCCUCGCUGCCUCCACCGACUCUCACUUCAGUCACCUGGCCUGGAUCAACACCCCGAGGAAGCAAGGAGGUCUGGGCUCCAUGAACAUCCCUCUGCUGGCCGACCUGACCCAGUCCAUCUCCCGCGAUUACGGCGUGCUGAAGGAGGACGAGGGCAUCGCUUACAGAGGGCUGUUUGUGAUCGAUGGUAAGGGCAUCCUGAGGCAGAUCACCAUCAACGACCUGCCAGUGGGCCGCUCGGUGGACGAGACCCUCCGCCUGGUUCAGGCUUUCCAGCACACCGACAAGCACGGAGAAGUCUGCCCCGCUGGAUGGAAGCCCGGAAGUGACACCAUCAUCCCUGACGUUCAGAAGAGCAAGGAGUUCUUCUCCAAGCAGUAACGCGUUCCUCGCAUCUGCCCCGGAGACUCUGACCCUGCGGGGGUGCUGAAGCACUUAAUGCUGAGCUCUGAUUAGACCACUGUGUCCUUUUUUUUUUUUUUUUCUCUCCUCUGCUGUUUAUGAGCCUUAGAGAGUGAAUCUUAACAUUAACAUUAACAUGUCUUCUGUUUUUGUCUGCUGUUAUCUCAUCUGAAUUUAAGUCUGUUGUCACAUGUGCUGAAGUUCCUGUAGUUUUUUUGUUUUUUUUUCCCCAAGUUAUUAUGAAAACACUGCGAAGGAUUUUGUACUAGUCAGCCAUAGAAGUCUGCUGUGUUAACCAUCCUGAAAUUGUCCAAUAAAGAUGGUGGUUUAAAAAUGA